GUAAUAAGAGGGGUCCCCCAAAGGAGAAUGUCACUGCACCGACCGGCGCUCCACCUGAAACCACAAAAGCCAAGAAAGCAAGAUGCCCGUACCCAAGAAAGCAGGAAGAAAGAAUAACGGGGCAGCAGAAGAGAAGCUGCCGCCGUAUGAACCCAACAUCCCCGAACCAACCACCAGGGCAGACUUUCUCAAAUACUGGAUGCCACUGACUUUGGAUGACAAAACGGCGCAGAAGCUGCUAUGGAUCUCGGAAAACGGAACUAAGGUGGCGCGCACAUCUGAUGCCGUCUGUCCUUAUCCCAACAGACCUGAGAGAUACGAGCACUCGCCACAGGUGCUGUGCAAGGAGGGCCUCCUGGGCUCGCGCGGCUACUGGGAGGUUGACUUUGAGGGCUGGGUGGUGAUCGGUGCGGUGGCGGAGAGCGCCCCCCGCAAGGACGGCGCCUGCGGCCUGGGAGAGAACACCGGCUCCUGGGGCGCGGGCUGGGCGGGCUCCUGCUACCAGGUGUGGCACAACGGCGAGAACGUGGACGUGGAGCUGCCCCUGUGCAAAACACUGGGCGUGUACGUGGACCAGCCGGCCGGCAUCAUCAAGUUCCUGCUGGUGGAAGGCGAGGGCGACAAGGAGGUGCGGUUGGUGCACAAGUUCAAGAUCAGCGUGCAGGAGAAGCUUCUGCCCGCCAUGUGGGUGGGCACAAACUCGUCCUGCCUCAUUCGGAAAAAGGAGCAGUGAAUCACGAGGCCGGAGGCUGAAAUGAGUGGACCUUUACGGUGAAACAAGCGCUUGAGGAGUCCAAGGCGGAAGGAGCGCGCGUGCCUGUUUUGAGGCCCAAUUCUUUUAUUAUACUGUGUAUUUUCCUUUUCUUUUUUAGAGUUAGACAAAGGUGACUUUGCAUCUUUCCAUGUGUGCUCCACAGCUUGCAUAUUUUAGUGUGCCAAAUAAAAUGAACUUGUGUAAAAAAUAAAAUAAAAUAAACAAACUCGCUAAUUUAA